GAUCGAGCAGCCGACGCAGGCAGACGCUGGCGAGUAUGUCUGCAUGGCCACCACGACUGAAGGAACUGCAGUGGGCACUGCACACCUCACAGUGCUGCCUCGCGGUCCUGGUCGCAUCCUGCUGGUGGUCAUGGGUCUGCUCGGCUCGAUCGCGGUGGUCGCCGUCACCGCCGCCGUCGUAGCGACGUACAGACGACGCCGGCGACGGCGACGCGGCGGAGGCGUUAAGCCGACGCCCCCCGGUGGCGGCUACGUGGGGAGCGGCCACCACCCUGCCUCGCAGGCGUCUGCGACUCUGCUGCCUACGGAGGACUGCCACCGACAGUCCGUUUGCAAGAACGGCGUGGCGCCCUCGCUCAACGGCGGCUUCAACCCCCGGUGCGUGAGGCCGCCGUGCGUGCAGGGCAGAGUCGGCGACAGCGGGGCGCUGCCUCCCCAGCAGGAGGGCUUGACUGGCAGGUAUCAGGAUCCUGGAAGCGCUUCAGUAUAUCUGUCAGGACAGCAAGGCUUGAACGAUAGCAGCGGUGGUUCGGAUUACAAGCCUCCCCUCACCCCUCUCGCGGACUACCACCACCACCAUCACCACCACCAGCUACAGCAACAACAGCCAUACCAGCAAAUAGCCUCACCUCAACCGUACCACGUACCACCACAACAAUAUCCACUUCCACCACAGCAACAUUUAUUGACGACUCAACAGCCUUGUGGUUUGUCACAACCGCAGCAUCAGUACCAGACACCUCUACAGCCGUGCAGUGGUAGCGUACCUCAAGUACCACAGCAGUUACAGUACCAUCAGCUGGACGUCAUAUGAGAUCAGGCUUCUGUACCACUGAGCAAGAAGAACCUCAAGCGCCAUCAGGAGCUGCUUGCGAAGCAGGAUCACGUCUAGAGCAGCGCUUGUGUUCUACCUCGUUUCUGCAGACUCCAUGUACGACUAAUGCGUAUAUGCAAUUCUGGCUACUUUCUGCACUGAUGCUAUGCUAUGUUGGAUUAUAAAUUUUUAAUUCGAUUGUAUUGUUUCAUAGAUUCUUAAUGAUGACAACAUAAAAACUAGUGACAAACUUAGAAUUGUUUGUACCGAAAUUCUGCGCUGCUUUCAGCAGAAUACGGGAUGUAGGCAUAGAGUUGCCCAUAGCAUCACAAUCUGUCGGUAAUUCGUAAGUCCAAAACCGAUCCAUCAACAAGUAAAUGUCCAACAAUCGCAUAUCCAUCAACAUCAUGGCGUUGAUUCUGCUCCAGCUAUAAUCAUGCCAAAGGGGUCUCAGAAAAAAUUUUUUAUUAGAAAAAAUGUGUACUUGGUAAGCAGUUAAAGGUGCAAGUGUUCUUCUUGCUCAGUGGUACAGAGGUCCUUAAAGUCCAUGAACGAAUUUUCAAUUGAAAUGUCACGAAGCCGUUCGGCUUCUUCAUGUUUUUUCAUUUAUGGCAUGCAGGCGGCAAUAGGGAGAUUGUAAAUAAUAUUUCUGUAGAAGUAUCAUAUUUUCCAGGAAGGAAGGUCAUAUUUUCCAGUGAGCUUCGCUUUGCAGAGCUUGGUAGCAACAAAAGCUUGGUAGCAACAAUAAUUUUUUGGCGUCACGUAUGGCGUAUGAAGCCAAAUACUAAGAAUCGUUAACUAAGGAUUUUUCUAUUUUUAUUUGAGCUGUGGAUAUACGAAUCUCGUAGCAAAUAUUUAGGGAUUACAUUUUAAUAAUCUUAACUUCUGUGAUCCUAAAAUUCCUAAUUUGAAUUGCAACAAAUGUUUUUGGAGCGAACAAAAUUUUUUGUGAUAAGUAAAAUUCAACUUUGUAAUGUGACAAAACUCGGAAUUUGUAAUACUUAUGCGUUCUUUUUUCCGUUAACAGAAAGGAGAGAUCUUAUCAAUUUAAAUCAUGUAGUAGAUGUCUUCGUUGUGUCGUUGCGGAUUCGAACUUGCCGGUCGUUCAGCUUGGUAAUCUUUUUUAUGUAAUCGGUGUGCGGACAUCUUGAUAGCAGAUAUCGGGCAGGGCAUGACUGUACUGUGUAUGCAUUGUAUUACUCAGCACGGUAGUGUUAAGUCCAUGUCAAUCGAGAAUAUUUUUAUCUAGUCUUGUAGCUUUAAGUGAAAUUUAUGGUAAAAUAUUGAAAUUUGUAACGAUUUGUCCAAGUAAGUUGAACGUGGUAAUUUUUAUGGCGUUCGUUGCUGCAGUGAUUAAAUGUCAGAGAACUGGGCAUGGAUAAUUCUGCAAUCAACAAUCUAUUCUAUUGUGAUGUUGGCGCUCUGAAUGAGCGAUAUGACGUAUCCAAUAUUCAUUAUUAAUUUGAUAGUUAAUUUCUCAUUUUGUGAUAAACGCAAGAUUCACGGAGGGUUGUCACUCAAUCACGUGUAGAAUCAUCUUAAUGUAAUAUAACUUGAAGGAAAAUAAUUGCUUUACGUUUGAUAAAGUUGACAAAAAAAAUGCGUAGAUUUAUCUUUCGAUUAGCUUGUAAUAACGCGCUGAGGAACUCCUGGCAGCAUUCACAGAUCGUUUAUCCAUGUAAUGUAACGGCAAGUAAAUUUCCUACCUACGA